AUGAUGACGUGCUGUCUGCUGUGCGCCCUGUUGGUGCUCGCCCUGUGCUGCUGCUCAUCCAAUGCAUCGGACACUGAGCUGGCGGAACAAGAUUCUUCCCAGAAGACCAUGACGACGACUGCAACACAGGCAACAACCCUGACGCUCGGUCAGUCAGGUCCGCAGGGUGAGGAGUCCGGUGGGGAGAAGGGAAAUACUGCCGUACUUGGAGAUGGAGGAGUUACGACCGUUCCUGGACCACAAUUAAAUGUGACGCCCAAUGUGUUAGCGACAGAAGUUAAGAACGGUAUGACAGAGACAACAAGUGACACGAGUACAGCCGCAGAGAAAGCAGGUCAGAACGCCGAAGCUUCUGCCAAGACAACCACCACUACAACACAGACACCAACUAAAACGACCACGACCACGACUGCGCCAGAGGCACCAAGUACUACGACACAGGCGACAACCACGACGACCACCAGCGCACCGUCACGUCUUCGCGAAGUCGACGGCAGCCUCGGCAGCUCUGCGUGGGUGUGUGCCCCGCUGCUGCUUGCAGUAUCCGCACUGGCGUACACCGCUCUGGGCUGA